CCGAACGCAGCUACUUACGUGUAUGCUGUCGCUGUCACUAUCUUGUCAAGUAAUGUGCAUCAUAAGUUAUUUUCAUUACGCUCUUAGAUAGUAUUUUUGGAUAAUUAAACCCGGUAAAGAAUAUAAUAAAAAUGUUUAUCUCUCCCAUCGUUGUUACUUUACUAGUCACAUUAAUUAGUGGAAUAUGUUCCAAAAGCGUAGAGUUAACUUUCGAACUCCCCGAUAGUGCAGUAGAGUGUUUUUAUCAAGAAAUUGAAAAGAAUACUUCGGCUUCAUUAGAAUAUCAGGUUAUUACUGGUGGACAGUAUGAUGUCGACGUCAAAGUAGAAGGUCCUAAUAAGCAAAUAAUAUAUCAGCAACAGAAAAUGCAAUAUGAUUCUCACCAAUUUACAGCACAAUAUACAGGUGUAUACAAAGUUUGCUUCAGCAAUGAAUUCAGUACUUUCUCACAUAAGCUUGUGUAUAUGGAACUGAAUGUUGGACCUGAACAACCACUACCAGGAGUUGGAGACCAUGCUACAGUACUUACACAGCUGGAAACUUCUGCAGAAGAAAUUCAUUCUGCACUUAACAGGAUAAUUGAUCAUCAAACCCAUCACAGAUUAAGAGAGGCUCAAAGUCGCAAGCGAGCGGAAGAUCUCAACGAGAGAGUGUUCUGGUGGUCCAUGGGAGAAACACUGGCAAUUGUGUGUGUGACUUUUGUACAGGUCAUGGUUCUGAAGAACUUCUUCAGUGACCGACCAACAUUAUACAGUAGAAUGUAAUAGUAAAAAUUUAAUUUAAUUUAUUAAUAUAUUUGAUGGGUUAAACAAUUUGUUUUAUUUAGGGGUCAUACAUUAAUCACAUAAUGUUUUUAGCAACUUUUUUUAACACCCUCUUGUGAUUUGUGGUAAGGUUUUAACUGCCCCUCCCCCCUAAUACCUAAAAUCACAUGUGUUUUUUUAGUACAAAUUUAUAUUGAACUUUUCAAGAUAUUUUUAAUUUAUUAAUUACAUUUACAUCCACAAUCAAAAAAUAAAUACACAACUUUAGGCACCAUCCUGCGUGAUGUUUCGUGUUUUUUUCGGGACCCCUCCCUUUUUGAGCCUCGGAUGAUUAAUGUACGAUCCCUUAGGUUUGAAAAUUGACAC